GCGUACCAAGUCCCCUGCCUGGAUCUCACUCCACCUUUCAAUCAAAGCUCUAAAACUUCUAUUUAUACAACGGCUCUUCUCUAAACCAAACCUGUUGUCCAUGCCCUGAAGGACGCUGUGGCCGGAAGAGCACCUCUGAGGAGGGAUUCCCCAGUCCCACCAUCCAUCCCAUGAGCUUUUCCCCAGCAGGCUGCCAACCUAACUUGACUCACUGGUGUCCAGCGAGCCAUAAACAAAUGAACAAUUAUCAAGACAAGUCACCCCAAAACCACCGUGCAGCUUGGGAAGGAAAAGAGCUAAUCACAUGGAGGGUUCUAUAUUCGCUUCCCAAGGCACACACUGUCCCCACAUGGCCAAAAACUGCUGUUCCCCUGGGAGGGCCUCUAUCCCCUACAUGCAAUCAAACUAUUCCAGCCGUGUGGAAAUCGCAGUUACACAAGUGGUUUGACAGCCGCAUCCCCCGGUGGGCCUGUACCCCUCCUGGCUAUGUGUUUUUAUGUGGACCACAAAAAAAUAAACUGCCCUUUGAUGGAAGUCCUAAGAGAACCUAUUCAACUCCCCCCGUGGCAAACCUCUUUACUUGCAUUAAUAACAUCCAACAUACGGGGGAAUGUGCUGUGGGACUUUUGGGACCACGGGGGAUAGGUGUGACCAUUUAUAACACCACCCAACCCAGACAGAAAAGAGCUCUGGGUCUAAUACUGGCAGGGAUAGGAGCGGCCGUAGGAAUGAUCGCCCUGUGGGGAGGGUUCGCUUAUCAUGAUGUCACCCUCAGAAAUCUCUCCAGACAAAUAGAAAACAUAGCUAAGAGUACCGGAGAUAGCAUCUCUAAACUCAAGGCCUCCAUAGAUUCUCUAGCAAACGUGGUCAUGGACAACAGAUUGGCCUUAGAUUACCUCUUAGCAGAGCAGGGUGGAGUCUGUGCGGUGAUCAAUAAAACCUGUUGCGUUUAUGUCAAUAACAGCAGGGAGAUAGAGGAGGAUAUAAAAAGGAUCUAUGACCAGGCUACGUGGCUCCACGACUUUGGAAAAGAUGAUUCAGCAGGGUCCAUCUGGGAGGCUCUGAAGUCUGCCCUCCCCUCCCUCAUAUGGUUUGUCCCUUUUCUGGGACCAGCUGCACUUAUAGCCUUCUUUCUCCUCUUUGGCCCUUGUCUCUAUAAUUCACUGAUGAAAUACGUCUCUUCCAGGAUAUGGCAAUUUCACACAGAGCCCCUAGAAAUGGAAAUAGAUCAUCCAAUCUUCCUUGGAGGCCCCAGCACCUACAAGUACAUCUCUCCCUUGGAUGCCAGUGGGCAAAGAUUCUGCAACUACGGAGGGGCUCCUUCCCUGACAGAGAGCAAGAGAGGGAGACCCUGAUGAUUUCUUCGUCCCACGUCAGCAGGAAGUAGUUACGGAAGACCCACGACGUCCUUAUGCCCAAAGCUUUUCAGGGUCUCCAUCUCUUGAGGGGGAAUAUUUUUAGGGUAGGCAGGUAGCCAGACAUGAGCAGGCAAGGAAGCCCCUGGGAAAGGAAUCUUUAGAAAUGCAGCCCACUGAUGUCCUCCU